AUGGCGGCGGCGGCGGGGCGGCUGCUGUCGGUGCGCCUGUCGGCAGCGGACGACACCGGCUGCACCGUGGCCUGCGGAGCGGGCGGCAGCAAGCUGGGCACCACUGCAGCGCCUGGAGGCGGCAUUGGGGAGCUCAUGGGAGGCGAGGUGGGCAGCGUCCGAGAUGUGAUGGGUGGAGAGACUGGCGGGCUGAGCGAUGUGAUGGGUGGGGAGACUGGCGGGCUGAGCGAUCUGACAGGUGGCGCCACUGGCGGGGUGUCAGACGUGACGGGUGGCAUGACAGGCGGCCUGUCGGACAUCCGAGACAGGGAGGGUGUGAUGGGAGGGCUGGAGGAUGUGCGCGGCGGCAAGACCGGGGGCUUGGACGACAUUCAGUCUGGCACCGGGGCUGUCGGGCGCCUGCGCGACAUCGGGCCAGCGAGCCAGGCCUGA